UAACCACCAUUACAAGUCUUCCUCUUUCUCAUACUAUUACUUCCAAAUCAGCGGGAAUGGCUGCUACCGACAAUGUCAACAAUAACUCUGUUUCCAAGCCUUCUCUUUACCUUCAGAACAUGGAUGAGGUGCAGAAAGUGUUUCAACGGUUCGACACGAACGGCGACGGCAUGAUCUCCGGCGACGAGCUCUCCGGCGUCAUCAGUGCUCUUGGAUCUGGUACAUCUCCCGAAGAAGUCGCUCGUAUGAUGGAUGAAAUUGAUGCAGACAGAGACGGUUUCAUUAGCCUCAAGGAAUUUGCUGAGUUCUGUAAAGGCGACAUUAACAGCGUCGGUGACGGUGGCGUUAAGGAGCUUCGUGAAGCCUUUGAUCUAUACGAUCAGGACAGUAACGGAUUGAUCUCCGCCGCUGAGCUUCACCAGAUCCUGACUCGUUUAGGCGAAAGCUGCUCCGUUCAGGACUGUACCAAAAUGAUCACGUCCGUUGAUUCCGACGGCGACGGUUACGUUAGCUUUGAAGAGUUUAAGAAGAUGAUGACUACUAGCAAGUAGGCUCUCUAGGUUUUUCUUAUUGUUAGUCUUUGUUUUACUAUCCUUUUUAGCGGCUGAUAAAGGUGAGGCGCAUGGGAUUAUAGUGCGUCCCCUUAUAGGAUAUAGUUUCUACCUCUAACUGAUGAUAGACGGAGAAACCGUAAGGAUAAACUUUAAGAUGAAUUUGUUAGGUUAACGCCGUUAACAGUAAAUGUGGAUUCUGAAUUUAAUGUUAUAUGAAAUUUUAGUUUAUUUUUCUGA